UCACUCUCUGCUUCACUCGCUUGAUCGCUUCUCACUUCCUUCGUCUUUGAAUCAUCUAAAGCAGCGGCCUUUUCCUUUGCUUCUUUUGUUGAACAAAAGUGAUCGAUGGCUUCCGAUGAGACCGCGACCUUCCAUUCGUCCUUGCCGGAUGAAGAUUUCGAUUAUGAUGUUGACGAUGGGUACGAUCCCUAUCAGCACCCCCAUCCCCAUAACAUGUCAAGGCUUUCCGUUUGUACGAGCAGCACCUUGUGCGCCGCUGACGACGACGACGAGGCCGAUAAUGCCAUGGCCGUGUACGUGUCCCGAUUAUCCAUAGAAAGUUUCGAAGAAGGCGAUGGUGAUGCAGACGGGGAAUUAUCUGAUUGCAAACAGCCACUUACCGUCGGCUUGUCCUCGGACUCUGAAAACGAAUCAAGCGGCUGUUACUCCUUGCCGGCGACGCCCCCGCGACGAAGGAAUCGGGUUGGUGUGACGGAUAAAAGUCCGAUCGCGGCGAAGGACUAUGCUAGUGAUGAUGAGGCGCGAAAGGGGAGGUUAAUGGGAGAGAACAGGAAGAAGCCUGAUCCAUGGAGGAGAAGGAGAAGAACUAGGAAAAACAGGUGGAUGUCAAUGGAGAGAGGUGAUAACCGGAAAAGAGAGGAUGAGCAAGUGAGCCAUGGUUGGAGUGGGGAUAGCGACGGAGUGAGAGUGAUAACGAGGCCAAAAGGUGGGAAGAGGUCAUUGUGCAUGGACUUGGAAGAAAUGAAGGCUUGCAGAGACCUAGGGUUUGAGUUGGAACAAGAACGGACCCUGGAGAUGCCUUCUCGUUUCUCUCUCUCCAAUUCCACACUCGACACUAGCAGUGGCAGCAACUCUCCCAUCGCCAGUUGGCGCAUCUCCACUCCUGGUGACGACCCGCGAGAUGUGAAGGCUCGGCUCAAAGUAUGGGCACAGGCGGUGGCUAUGGCGUCUGCAUCCAAAUACGGCGCUUGAAUGCUAGUUUUCUCCUACCCUCUCUGUUCACUUUCUCUGCUUUUGCAUGCCCUUCAGACUGCAUAUCUAUAAGCUUUUCUUUUCAUCGUCCGUGAUGAUUAUGCUAGUUUACGUCUUGUCCUUGUCCUUGUCCUUGUCCCUCUCGGAGUUUUGGGUUUUUGAGUGCUCGUCACUUUUGCUGUGUGUAUCUCCACACGCUGUUUAUACAAAGAAGGUGGUUGAAAAGGAGACCAUUAUUCUGGAAGAGAAGAGAACAGAGUACAGACCAAGGGAAGCAGAGUGUGACGAGUUUGGAACGCUUCGAGUGUGUUGAGUGGUUUCAGAACUCUCUAAAUCUGCAUUUAGAAUUUUCAGAUCCUUCAUUUUGCGUGAGAUAUUCAUUUCCUCUUGAAGAGUACAGUGUGUAUGACAUCAUAUGAAAGUUUUGUUACCGCAAGUGCGAAGAGUUAUGUGGUGACGAAAGAAGGGGCUGUUCGGCACUCUCGCUUUAGUCACUGCCGCGUCUAUAAAUUAUAGCGUUGCUUACAUAUUAUUUAUGCAUGAGCAUGUUAAUAUCCUGUUUUCCUUUUGGUAAAUAUGUCACUUCCUUUUUGGGGUCUGUGUAAUUUUGGUAUGGAUUGUACAAGUACCUUAAUAUUGCUUUCCCACGGGUAUAGAAUCGAGUUUUCUCUUAUAA